UCACCGCCCCCCCACCCUGUUCCCCUGGGAGGUAACCUUCAAAGGCUCUGCUCAGCACAAUGGAUGACCAGCUGAGCAAUGAGGAUGGACGGAAUCAAAGGACAUGCUCCCUUCGUUGUGCCUAGAUGAACGGACACCUAGCCGUCCUCCAGCAGUGAGGGGACGCCACUGAAGCAUUUUGAUGUUCCUCAGACUGAACAGAUGCACCUAAAAGAAAAGAAAUUAGCUCUGUGGAAAUCAUUUUUGAAAAAGAGGAAAUACGGAUCAGAUAUAUUCAGUUUGUUGUACCACACUCUCUCAGCAUAGAGCUCAUAUGCUGACUGCUUAUCCCUGUGAUGAUUGUUAUGAGUUUUCCAUCCACAACCAAUGAGCCAGAGAGCUGCAGCAGUGAGGGGAGCAGCUGCACGACUUCCUCCAUCACCACCUCUGACCCAUCCUCUAUGUCCGGACACACUCACUCCAAACUACUUUCCCUCAGUGACACCACUGACACCUCCAAGCAUGAAGCUCCCCCUCCUCCUCCCCUGCCGCCCCCACCCCCGGGGGCUCCCCCUCCUCCGCCACCCCCGGCGACCACGUCCACCAACCACAACGCCAGGAAGAAGCGUCGCGUGCGCAGCUUCUUCUGGAAGACGAUCCCGGAGGAGAAGGUGCGCGGGAAACCCAACAUCUGGACGCUGGCGGUGCGGCAGCAGCAGUACCAGAUCGAUGUUCGCUCCGUGGAAGAGCUGUUCGGCCAGCAGGAGGAGGCGGUGACGGGCAUUCGAGGGGCGACUCCAACCACUGGAACCUCAGCUCGUGUAUCCCGAUCCCGCUCAUUCAAGGAGAGCAGCAAGGAUGAGAUCACCAUUCUUGACUCCAAGAGGGGGAUGAAUGUGGGCAUUUUCCUGAAGCAGUUCAAGAAGUCCAACCGCUCUAUUGUCCAAGACAUUCGACAAGGAGACGGAAAGCUUUAUGGAGCAGAGCUGCUCAAAGACCUGCUGAAGCUCCUUCCUGAUGCAGAGGAGAUCAAGAAGCUACAGAUGUUUAAAGGAGACCCAGACAAGCUGACACUGGUUGAUUCCUUUAUGUACCUCUUGAUCCAGGUGCCACGGUACGAGGUUCGGAUCGAGGCCAUGGUCCUCCGUGAAGAGUUCUUCCCUUCCUGUGCUGUGAUGAGCCACGAAAUCGACGCCGUCCGCGUCGCGACUAAAGAGUUGAUGAGCUGUGAGGAGCUUCAUGCCAUCCUGCAUCUGGUGCUGCAGGCCGGAAACAUCAUGAACGCUGGCGGCUACGCAGGAAAUGCUGUGGGAUUUAAACUGUCCUCCCUCCUCUCACUGGCUGACACCAAAGCCAACAAGCCGGGGAUGAACCUGCUGCACUUUGUUGCCAUGGAGGCUAAGAAAAAGGACGAGAAGCUGCUCAAGUUUCCAGAGAAACUGCAGGAUGUCCAGAGUGCAUCUAGGAUCUCAGUUGAGAACAUUGAGCUGGAGUUUUCCUCUUUAUAUGUUCGGAUUAAAUCCCUGGAGGAAAAGGUUCAAGGAGACCAGGCGCUACUGCAGCAGCUGGAGCCCUUUCUGCAGAGUUCAGCACGGACUCUUCAGGACCUGAAGAGACGCAGGCUAGAUCUGCGUAAAGAGGGAAGCGCUCUCAUCGAUUUCUUUUGUGAAGACAAGGACACGUUCAAGUUGGACGAGUGCUUCCGCAUCUUUCAAGACUUCUGCAUUAAAUUCAAGAAAGCUGUUAAGGACAACAUGGAUCGUGAGUUGAAGGAAGCAGCCAGACAGCGUCGCCUGAGAGAGCUGGAGGAAAAGCGUUUUGCAUGUUCGGGUGCAGAUCAAAGCGGCGGAUUCGGGCGCAGCAGCAGCGAGAACGAUGUGGAAAUGCUCACCAAAGAGGGCCUCCUGGACUUCCUCCAGCAGAGAUCGCAGAGUCCACACAGCCCACUGGGACGUUCCGCCAGCGCCCGCCGCCACCGUCACAACAUGAGCUCCAUAGCGGACCGCGAACUCCAGGGAUACCUUGAGCUAUUUGGAGGCACUGGGAAUCCCGCUGACUAUUCGCAGUUUAACAGCCUACCUCGGUCAGGCCGCCCCGUGCAGCGGAGGACGGCCCCAUGGAUCUUGGACCAGGAUGACAACCGUGAGCUAGGCUGUGACAGACAAGUGACGUCUCCAUGUGCAGAAACUGAACCUAUCAGCCCACUGGCCAGGUUUUCCUCCUCUGGAUUAAGUGAUAACGAAGACCCAUACAACAACAUCAACAAUAAUUACUCAUCUGUAUCAGAAAGCAGCGCUCUGCCUCGUUCCUUUUGUGUCUUUCAGAAGCCUGGCCAUCUUCCCAAACCAACCAUUACCGGCCAAAUGAAUGUUAGUGUGGAGAAGCAUACUUUAGUUCGAGGUCCUCGAGCUUUUGACCUACCUAGUCCAAACAAUAACAGCAAUCAUAUGCACUUUGUCAACCAGGGGGAUGUCGCGGUGACAGAUUUGGAAAUGGAGAGACGGUCACCUCCCAAGAAUCUGGACAACUUUCCAGGUGAUAAACUUUUAGAAAGAGUAGCAGAUCCCAAGGCAGUGUGGGAAGAUAAAAUAGAUCCUCCUACACAGGCUGGGUCCUCUCCUGAAAGGGAGAAAGAAGAAGAGGACAACAGCACAGUUUCAUCAACAACCUGUGAUACACCCCUUCCACUAGAUACCUCUAUAUCCAAUAAGAAGCCAGUGUUUUACAUACUAGACUGCACAGAAACCGACUGCUCUGUCACCUUGGAUUACUCUGAGGCUGAUAGCUCAUCUCUAACAAAAGAGGGACUUCAUUUCAGAAUGACAGACUGCAGCAAAGAUCAGGAGAGCCCACAAGAUCCAAGCUCUCUGUCCUCUAAUCUAGAGUGUAUCGCUCCCAACGACCAGUCGGUUUCAACCAAUGAGCUUUCAGCGCCGAAAUCUGUGGACGCAGCAUCCAUGACUGCGUCUGGAAAAGCAGAAGAGUGGGACACGGAGAGCUGUGACACCGCUGAGGGAAAACAAGGUGCGGAGAGAAGCAGCAGAAAACCAGUGCACGCAAAGAAUAAAGCUAACAAAGCAGCAAAGUGCAGCGGGGGUCGUGGUGUGCGAACGCUGACCAGCAGCGAGAGCCAGGGCAUGCGGAAACUUGUGCCUAUUAGCAAACUCACGAAGACAGGAAGCAGCAAGCGCGCAGAGAGAACUUUGGUACAUGACAGUGGAGAGUCACGCCGGCCUGUCCGAGAUCAGAGCACCCCAGCAAGAGGAAGGAGCGAGAAGACCACAAGACCUCCUCGACACUCCAGUUUGCCUCCUGAUGAGUCGAAAGCUCAGAGGGGAACCAGCCUCACAGGCGGCAUUUCAAGAUGGGCACGUGAUUUGACCCCGAAGAAGGCUUCCAUCCACAAGCCGAGUGCCAAACCCCUGAGGAACGUCCCCAAGCCUGCUCCCGAGGAGAAAAUUUGUCGCUCCACUAUGAGAGCCUUGGCCCAGGCCCAAGCCCAGGCCCAGGCCCAAGCCCAGGCCCAGGCCCAGGCCCAAGCUCAGGCCCAAGCUCAGGCCCCGGGUGGGGUUUCCUCUGAGAACAGCAGCUCACACACGCUCAAUGCAAAAAACACCUCCGGUGUCCCCGGCUUUGCCCGUAACACUGUAGCUUCAUCCUCCAGGACCAAGAAGGAGCUGGGCCCCCCGUCCGUCCCCUCCACCCCGUCUCGCAGCCCCACGCUCCUGGGUCGACAACCCUCUGGGAAGCAGAACAGGCUUUCACCCACAGUUCACACCAGCGAGGAGCGGCCUCAAGGGACAAAUCUGCGACGAGUGCAUAGCGUGAAGGCUACCAGUGGGAGCACCUACCGCAGUGAGACCCCACCUCCAACACGUGAGGAUGUUCGUAAGACUAGCAGCUUUUCCGAAAAGUCGUUCAUGACGCCCAGCAGAAGUGCUAAACCAAGCUGGAAAUAAAACAAACCUGGUGGAAACAGACUGAAGAAAGACAAGUAGACACUUUCUCCCUCAGUUCAAUGUAAAUUGAUAUUCAGUCUUCUUCCCCAUCUACAGUUCUGACUCUCAUCUCAUAUGAUGCAAAAAACAGGAAUCUGAGAAACAUAUUAAAUUAGCUCGCCUUGUUAAGUUCAUCCGGUAGCCGACUCUGAUUCAGGUUUAUGGAUUGCAAAGAGCAAGAUGCAAUGAACUUGUUUCGUUUUGUUCGCACAAAAAAGCUAUUGUUCACAACUUCUUUUUUCUCGGAGGAGGGGGGCAUUAACUAAUAUGACAAAUGGCAAAUUGGUGUUUUUACACAGGAGCCUCUCUGCCUGCUUAGCUGUCUGUGUACUGUGUGUGCUAGUGUCUGUGAUGAUGUUGAACACUACUGUCUAUAUAAUGCUGCUAAUUAGCUCUGACAAUUUGAAACUGAGUGUCAGUGUCUGUUUGAUUCAGGGUUACAAGAUUUGUUGAACCUUACCUUGCUGCUCUUGUGGCGCCUUUCAGUUUUGUUGCAUCCCCCUGUAGAGUACCGCUCCGUUUGCUUAUCGGUUCCUUUGCUUGAUACCUCAGAAAAAUUGCAGUGGCCUUGUACCAGCAGGCGAAGUAGAAUAUAUUCUUUGGUUCUGCAUGAUGAAGAUGUAGACAAAACGGAAAUCUGAUCAUUCGGUUUAAAAUAACUGCAGUGUCACUUUUUACAAAUCCCUGGUAUACUGUAUUAAUAUUACUACAAUAUAUAUAAAGUCACAGAUUAUAUGCCCAGAGUGUGUACCAACUGUUGUACUUCUCGUACCUUGUGUAUGUAUGUGUCAGUAGUUCGCAAAUGUUAUAGAACUCCUCCAUAAUAUCAUGGAGUAGACGUGCACGUAGGAAAUGUUUCCUAUAUACUGUAGGUUAAUACACGCUCAACGCUAAUGCUUUGAAAGAAAAGCACUGAAUGCAUCUGAAACAACACUGAAAAUAUCAUCAGUCAUGUGAUCUUAUUUUUCUACUGUGAAUGUAGUCUGAUCGUGUUUUCUCCGGGACUGCGCCUUUCUUGAUAAAGUUAAAUUGCAACAAUAGCAUCUAACUGGUCAUAAUCUAGCUCAGCAUCGGUCUGUGCCUCUUAUGUGUUACCACUACAUUCAAGUCACAGAGUUGGUCGUCCAAUUUUCUUAAACACAAACACCCGGUGAUACUUGAAAACCCAGAGGUUCAGUUAACAUCACUUACUCCUGCUCUGAAGGUAUUUCCAGAAUCCUCAAAGACUCUUCCAACCAUGUGGUAGAAAAUAUAUAUUCGUUCUGCUGCACAACAAAAACCAAAAAAUGGUCUGAAGAGUCUUUGAGGAUUCUGGAAAAAACCUUCAUUACAGCACAUUAAGUGUUGUAAAAACGAUCUCCUGAGCUUUUCAAAGAUCAUCGGUUUGUUAUUUUUCAGAAAAAACACUUAGCUCUGUGACUUGUAUAUGAUGGUAAUACGUAAAAGGCGCAGACUGGGGCUAAAUUCAGCCCUGUUGACCAUUUCACACCACUUGCCUUUCAACCUGCAUUGUGCCAUUGCCUUGAUGGCAACAACAUUCACAACAGUGCAUUGCCUUAAAGCUUAAUGUAGCCGAUCCAUCACCAGUAGAAGCUCCUCGGUUGUAAAAGGAGAGUAGAAGCUUUUCCUACAUCCCAUCUCUCCGAACUGAAACAGUGAUUCUGCUGGUUACUGAUUCACUUUGUAAAUAAUGUAAAGACAUAGUAUUUUUCUGACUAUCAAUAUGUUUACAUAUCAUAAAAAAUGGAAGGGUAGAGGAGCGCAGUGCUGUAUGUGAGGGCACAGAUAUUUUAAAACGGCCAAAGCAUCCGUAUCUUCCGCACUUUGAGAGUCCUGACCUGCUGUGGGUUGACAUGCCGUGGGCGUCUUCCUGUUCCCUGUGAUGCAAAUGAAGUUGUUGAAGCGAUGACAAGAAAGGCCCAGUGUUUGUGUGUGGCCUCCAUGUAGUCUAAAUUUAUAGCUGUUUUGACAGACUACAAAGUAAAAGUAAUGUUGGGCUGCAGCUCACCAUUAUUUUCAUGAUAAUUUUGUCUCUUG